AGUAGGAGCAAGGAGGGGAUCUUACCUCUCUCUAUAGCAUUGGUGAGAGAGAUAAUGGAAUGGUGACGUCCAGUUCUGGUGUCUGUGUUUUUAAAGGAUGGUGUUAAAUUGGAGAGGGUGCAGAAAAGAGUCACACAAAUGAUCUGAGAGCUGGAGAAAAUGACCUACAGUGAGAGACUCAAAUUGUAGGUGGGUGAAAUUUAAUGGCCUGGAACAUUCAGGAGAUCAGAUGAGAUGAUCCAAUGGUACCUUCUGGCCUUAAGCUCUAUGAAACUCUAUGAACCAUCGUCUCCCCCCUCCCCCCCCCCGCUCCGAUGUGCUUCACCGCACAGAAGGGUGGCUGGACAGCCUGGAAUGGCCCUGCUCCAAAGCGGCCCUGGCGGAGAAGACAGCAGAACUAACUGAGAGCUGCCCCAGGACUCUGGGCCCAGCUCUGUCCUCUCCAGCUCCAUGGACCGCACGUGAAACCUCCCGUACCAGAAGCUCCUGCCUGGCUCCCCCAGCUCCGGUGCUGCUCAGUCCAGAGACGCUGCCUCUUCCAUGGCCAGGUUCUCCUCCACCUACUGAACAGCCUGCGGUGAUGGCACAUCGGUGGAGGCUGUGAAGACUCUUUUUUCCAUGCCUGGAGACUGGAAGGAAUUUGCUGGCAUCCAGUUACAGCAGAGUUGAGACAUGAUAGCCUCCCGCAAUUACUACUCGCAGGGUGUUGGCGUGAUUGCAAGAGCCAUGAUCGAGUUUGAGAACCCUCAGCUCCCUGCAGCUUUCAGAGAGGCCGUCAGCAUUGUCCAGAGUGAGAAGGAGGAGGAGCAGAGAAAUAUCGCCAUGACUUUCUGCACUGAGUUUCUUCAGAGUGCUUCUAUUGCCACGACAGUGACAAAAUCAGACCUCCGGGCGCAGUUCAUGGAGUAGAUCAAAGACACAAAUCCCAUCAUACGCAGGCUCAGUCUACGGGGCCUUGGCAGUAUUGUGCUUCAGCCAGAAAAAGUGAGAGGCAUGGAUUGUCCGGGGGACCAAGGAAGCCGAUGUCUAUCGAAUAGCUCAGAAAUGAGAGUGAGAUCCCCACACAAGCCUUGCUGUGGAGUUAGAAACUCUGUGACUCCUUCACUCCCUCUGCAGCUGGCCCUGACCCAAGCCUGUUUUCCCACC